CGAAAAAAAGAAGAAGAAAGAAAUAAUAUGCCAAACGGCCACUCAACUCUAGUAAACAAACAGUGGCAUUUUCUGGAUGUCUGUCUUCUCUCUGUGUUAAUGGAGGAUCCUCGGGAAAAAGAAGACAAGGAAUUCUUAACUGAAGCCGCAGAGUUAGAUGAAGCAUUGCGAGUCUUGGACUCUUCUCUCUCUCAAAUCAAAUGGCGUCUCAAAUACUCUCGACGUCGACUUGACACAGAUAUUCUAGCUUUGUGCACAGGAAUGAGGCCAGUGAUACUGGUAGACUAUGGUGGAAAGAUGCCUGAACUGCAAGAGAGACUCUGCGCUAUUUUGAAACUCUGUCAAAAGGAGUCACCCAUUUUUGAGCAUUUGAGAGUAAUGGUUAUAGAAGAAAUGAUAUAUUUGAUACAUGUUAGAGGGCUUGCUGAUCAUGUUAGGUCAAGCUUGAACUCAGAACAAGAGUUGCUCUUUGUGGAUGUUGAACGAGAUCCUCCAAAGAUGAUAACAGAAGCAGAAAAAAGCCCAUUGGGGAUGCAGCUUAUAUCUAUUCAGAAGUUGUUCUCUCUGGUAUUUCCUCUGACUGCUGAACCGCCCAUAAAUGAACACAUCCCUUCUCAGUCAUCUGAAUUUAUCGAUCUGAGUAGCUGCAUGCAAAAUACUGAGGUCUUACUGCCAACGCUAAAUGGAUGGCUUCUUGGGUAUCCGGUUGUGUACUUGUUCAGAGAGGAGCAUGGUGUUGCAGCUGUUUGUAAUCUUUCUUCCAAGUAUCUUCAUAUUUAUAAAAUAUCAAUAUGCAGGAAUGGAUCCCCCGAUGAAGUAUAUCAACAAGACGAACUCUUGAGUUUCUCAGUGCCCUACGAUCUUAGCAUGAGAGGGAGCAAGGAAAAAUGGGCAGAGGCAUUUUUGGCUCAUAUGCAGGGGAGAUGGGAAAGGUGCAAGCGUGCUUGGAGGCCUUUGCAGAUGGAGGUUAGCGAACUAAAACCGCAAACUAUUGCGUUCUAAAAUAACCUGUUUUACUACUUUCGCUCACCAUGCUCAAACAUCCUCCAAGAAUCCUUGUUAUGAGCAAUACUAUAGAUACUUGUAAAGGAGUUUAAUUAAGAAUAUAUUUUGUCACAAUGAAUUUACAUAUAUUUCGUCUUGCA